GCUAGUUGAUGCCACCGGGAACCUCCAACGCCCAGGGCCUGGGGACCCGGCGAGAGACAGCAGGGGGAAAGGUCCGCACUGAGGCGGUCCGCCGGCUCGGAGGGGCGCCCACAGCCCCGCCACCAUGUGCGAGCUGUACAGCAAGCAGGACACCCUGGCGCUGAGGAGGAAGCACAUUGGGCCCUCUUGCAAAGUUCUGUAUGCUGCGGAUCCCAUCAAAAUAGUGCGAGCCCAGCGGCAGUACAUGUUUGACGAGAAAGGCGAGCGGUACCUGGACUGUAUCAACAAUGUCGCCCACGUGGGACACUGUCACCCUGAAGUGGUCAAAGCUGCCCUCAAGCAGAUGGAAGUGCUCAACACAAAUUCUCGAUUCUUGCACGACAACAUCGUGGAGUACGCCAAGCGCCUCGCAGCGACCCUGCCGGAGCAGCUGUCUGUCUGCUAUUUUACAAAUUCAGGAUCUGAAGCCAAUGACUUAGCCUUACGCCUGGCUCGACAGUUCAGAGGCCACCAAGAUGUGAUCACCCUUGACCAUGCUUACCAUGGUCACCUAUCAUCUUUAAUAGAGAUCAGCCCGUAUAAAUUUCGAAAGGGCAAAGAUGUCAAGAAAGAAUUUGUCCAUGUGGCACCAACUCCAGAUAUUUACAGAGGAAAAUACAGAGAAAACCAUGCAGACCCAGCCAGUGCUUAUGCAGAUGAAGUGAAGAAAAUUAUUGAAGAAGCGCAGAACCGUGGAAGGAAGAUUGCUGCCUUUAUUGCUGAAUCCAUGCAGAGUUGUGGCGGACAGAUAAUUCCUCCAGCAGGCUACUUCCAGAAAGUGGCAGAGUACGUACGCGGAGCAGGGGGUGUGGUCAUAGCUGAUGAAGUUCAGGUCGGCUUUGGCCGAGUUGGGAAACAUUUCUGGAGCUUCCAAAUGCAUGGCAAAGACUUUGUUCCAGACAUCGUCACAAUGGGGAAGCCCAUGGGCAAUGGCCACCCAAUUGCAUGUGUAGUAACAACCAAAGAAAUUGCAGAAGCCUUCAGCAGCUCUGGGAUGGAGUAUUUCAAUACGUAUGGAGGAAACCCAGUGUCCUCUGCCGUGGGUUUGGCUGUCCUAGAUGUGAUUGAGAACGAAGACCUUCAGGGGAACGCCACGAGGGUGGGGACUUACCUCACCGAGUUACUGAACAGGCAGAAGGCUAAGCACACACUGAUCGGAGAUGUCAGGGGCGUUGGCCUUUUUGUUGGCAUUGACUUAGUGAAGGACCGUCAGAAAAGGACCCCAGCCACAGCGGAAGCUCAGCACGUCAUCUACAAGAUGAAGGAAAAUCGAGUGCUUCUCAGCGCCGACGGACCUCACAGAAACGUGCUUAAAAUAAAACCGCCCAUGUGCUUCACGAAAGAAGAUGCCAAGUUUAUGGUGGACCAGCUGGACGGGGUUCUGACAGUUUUAGAAGAAGCCAUCGGAGCCCAAACGGAGAGUGUGGUCCCUGAGAACACACCGUGCAGAACAAAGAUGCCUAAGGAAGCACCCUCAGAAUUGCUCAGUGAUGGCACCCCGGACCCCAAAGAAAAUCCUGGCCAAAAGAGAAAUAGAUUGUGUGCAGACAAACCUUCACUGCUCAGUAAGAGGCUCAAGACGUGAGAGAUUAGCAUUUUACAGCAAGAGAGACUGACUGGAAGGGCCUCUUCUGUGAGCAGCUCUGUUAUACCCUCUGUAGGGAGAAUUUGCAUUCCAUUUAGACUUGUAAAUAAAGAAGCUAAAUGAGUAAUAAGAAUAAACCGGGUGAUAAUCAAACCAGGUCAAGAUUAUUAGUUCAGCCUCAAGCCUGUUAAUUCCUUACUUGAGAUUUCCAAGCGUAAUUAAUUUAUUCUACUAAAUUUAAGCUUCAAGUUGAAUAUUAAGUUGGCAGGUUUACUUCUCACGUUUUAAUGUUUGAAAUUAGAGCAAAGUACAGUAGAUUCCUUAACUUUGGAGACAUAGUGCCUUAAAAUAUGAAUUCUGUAAUAAUUUCACUUAUAUAUAAGUGUAUUUGUGGACUAUAAUAAAAUAAAAGGUGAUAUAAACCAAAA